AUGUCUUCAAAAUUUGUGUGCUUAUUGGUGGCAUUGAUGAUUUGCGCAUUCAUCAUGCCCGAAUCAACAGCUCAAUAUUACGGUGGAUUGUACGGUGCCUAUCCAUACGGAGCAUACGGUAGCUAUGGAUACGGAUACGGUUAUCCUUCAGCAUAUGGAUAUGGUUAUUAUGGAAAACGAGAAGCUGGAUUUCAAUUGAGCCACAAUUAA